UUUCCAUCUAUAAAUGUGUCACAUUCCCACCCUACCUUAACUCCUAAUUCUCUGAUUUUCCUCUUCCUUUCCUCCUCCCUUCUUCCACUUUUCUCACCAGAGAGGUUGAAACUCUUCCAAUGGAGGAACCGGGUUCUCUGUGGACUACUUACCCUGAGAGCGCUGAUGAGUUGAAGGAGAAGCUUCUGUACACAACCCUUGAGCUAGAAUCCGUAAAAACACGCGCAACGGAUGAAAUCCGAAAAAGCGAGGAGAAUGUGGAGAAACUAGUCAAUCUUCUAAACGUUGCGUCCAAAGAGAGAGAUGAUGCCGUAGAUCAGCUACGAAAGCUGGUAAACAAGAUCAUGCCUUCAGGUCCAAUGGAACUCCCACUCAACAUGUUUCCUCAUGAAAGUACACUUUUGCUUCCCACCAGAGCAAACUCGAGCAUAACUGAAUCCAACAGCCUCUCUGAAACCUACAAUCCCCAAAAAUCGCAUGUUUCUUCCUCUGUGGACUCCUUAUUCGAUGCAGUUUCUUCACCCGAGUUUUCGAACAUAAACAUGGCUGAAUCUGGCUGCAUUCCUUUUGUGAAGCACCAGCCUCGGGUGCAAGAAUAUAAUGGUACUGUAUCUGCUGGUGUAGUCUCUUCAGGGAUGAUCAAACCCGACCCGGCUUCUGAAGUGAUUGACAACUUUGUGAAAGGAAAGAUUUUGCCUGAACAGGGAAAGCUCUUGCAGACUGUGAUGGAAGCCGGUCCACUGCUCGAGACUCUUCUUGUUGCUGGGCCAAUGCCUCGUUGGCGAAACCCCCCGCCUUUGCAGCCCUUCAAAAUCCCACCUGUUUCAAUCAAAGGCUGUGAAGCUGCUGCAAGCUUCAACCAGAAACCAGUGGGAAAUACUAGUUAUGUUGUCCAUAAGCCAAUCAACUCGGCAUCAUAUCCUGAGAUGUCUUGCGGCUUUUCGCAGACAUGUUCGGCUUCCAUGUUGAACUUCAACAAUGGUGGUGCUUCCAUUUCACGCCUGAACAAUGCAAGGAUGUUGGCUUCGCUUUCCGGCAUUGACCACCAAUUUUCGAUUGGCAAGCGGCAGAGGCUUCAACGAUAGUACGGUGAACUUUUGCUUCUUAAUUUUUAGUGUAAAAAAUUGAAGUUUGAGAGCUUUGAAGGUGUAAAAAUGGGAUACUUUUGUUUUUGGGUUCAACUUUAAAUGACAUGGCCAUUUAACUUCA